AUGACUCAAACUUGGAACUCUAUUCUAGUCGCACUGGUUGCUUUAUUUGCUGGCUUGUUUGCUUUCUACCGCAACUGGUUUGACAGUUUGCUAGCUCCAAACAAUGAAGGCUUCGAAUUUACUGUGGGUGGAAGACGAUUGAUCUCCCCACCGACCGUGACCGACCCUGCCCGAGAUAUAAAGUAUCUGGGCAGCUAUUCUCUGGGAGUUGAGCAUUAUCAAAACAUCUUUUAUGCAGAGGCACCAUGGGGCAAACACCGCUUCGCACCGCCCAUUCCGUUCCAGUAUGCAAGGGGAUCGGUCGUUGAUGCCACUCGCCCUGGAGCCUGGUGCCCGCAAGGGAUGGGAGAUGUACUUCCUUUUACAAGCCGGGUUGUAAACAUUAGUGAAAAUUGCUUGAGCUUGAGGGUUGCUCGACCGACGGCUACCAGAAGUGAUGUGAGGUUACCAGUAAUGGUGUGGAUACAUGGAGGCGGCCAUGCUCUAGGUUCGGCCUCUGAGGUCUUAUACAAUCCAGACGGAUUGAUAAGGCAAUCUGUUGCGGACGGCCAGCCAUUGAUUUACGUCGCCAUCAAUUAUCGUCUUGGCUUUUUUGGCUUUGCAACCAGCAAGACAAUGGCUGAACAUAAGCAGACAAAUGCUGGUCUUCGUGACCAACGGGCAGCUUUGGAGUGGGUCCGUGAUAAUAUUGAAGUUUUUGGUGGAGAUCCACAAAGAGUGACUGUCGUGGGACAAAGCGUGGGCGCCAGCGAUAUUGGCCUACAUUUGACAUCGUUCGAAGGAACAAAAGGAGUUCCGUUUCAACAAGCGAUUAUGAUGUCGGGUGGGCCAGGCUUGAACUUUAACAGCAAGUCAGACUUGGUCGCAAAUAACACUGCAGCCAUCGCGAAAAGAGUUGGGUGUGCGAAAGAGGGCGAGGAUCAAUCUCUAGAGACCCUGGAAUGCUUACGAGAUGUGCCCUUCGAUGUUUUGACGAACCUCUCUGUAACGGCAUCUCGAGAAGCCCGCCCACCGUUUGGUGAGGGCUUUUUCUUCCCGACAGUUGAUAGUGACUUCAUCCGUGACCGGCCUUCUCAGCUCAUGCGUGCUGGUAAAUUCGUGAAAGGGAUUCCGGUGAUCGCAUCCUGGGUGACAAAUGAUGGCGCCUGGUAUGCACCGCCGUCGACUUCCACAGAUCACGAAGUAUUGGACAGCUUUGGCUUGUGGCUGUUUAGCCUUUCCAAUUCUACAAAGGAGAAGCUUCUGCAAAUAUACCCACUCGAAGACUUCAAAUAUCUUGUCCGGAAAGAAUAUGACGGCCCUAUCUCUGCACAGUACUACCGCGCAGCACAGAUGAACAAAGACAUUUGGUUCACCUGCCCGGUGCUUGACUUUGCAUGGCAAUACUUCAAAAAUGGGGGCGUGGAACCAUCGCAGGUUCGGUUAUACGAACAUAACUCCACAAGAUUCACACCUGCGUUCGAGAUGAUGGGCGUCCCAAUGUGGCGUGUUGCGCACCUUAGUGAUAUUCCCUAUGUGUUGAACGUUCAGCAUCUGGAUGGGGGUGUAGACAACUCAGCUGCCGAGCUCGCGCUGGCCAGGACCAUGAGUACGUCCAUCACAAAGUUUGUAAAUAGCGGCAAUCCUCAAGGUCAUAUUAGUGGCGUUGAGACAUGGCCUGCUGCCUUCGUUGAUGUUGCAAAGGAGGACUUGCAAAAUGAUUCUCCGGGAAAGCUUUCCUUGCAGAUCUUUGGUGGCCCCUAUGGGACCAUGCCUGUGACUAUUGCUGAAGGUCCUCAGCAUGAUGCUAAAACUGCUGCUGAGGACGCGGUGCACUGGGAGAAGCUGUUCGAUCGGUGCCGACUCAUCAAUAGCGACAAGAUGAGAGAAGAAGCGGGAGUCUGA